ACCCAAGUUGUCGCUGCACCACUGCACGCCACCUUCUCUCUCCCUCUCCGUAAAAAGCUUGACAAAAAAAAUAAAAAAUAAAAAAAAUACCCCAAUACAAAUCCAUUUUCUCUGGCCAAAAAGUACAGUAAAGUUGAAGCAUUUAUUUGAAAAGAAGAUUUUCAAGGAUCUUCUUUCAUCACAUUAACAAAAGAAAAACCUCUCUACUUAAUGAAACCACUUUUUUGACAUGAAGGCUACUAGACUUACUUUUGAAAACUACCCUUUUGUUAGUCUUCGUUAAUGAUGGUCUUUUGGGGGGGUAGUGGAGGGUUAUGAGUGUGAAAUUUUACUUCUUUAUGUGUUUUUAAAAUGAGGUGCUAAGGUUUGGGCUUUGGGUUUGUGUCAGUGUUCAUUUUGUCAAUUUUAAUGGAGAGAGAAACUGGGGUUUCUGUGAUUACUCUGUGGAUGAUCCUGGUGGUAUUCAUACUCCCCUUUUCAAGGAUCUCUGCCAACAUGGAAGGUGAUGCGUUGCGUAAUCUACGGGUAAAUUUACAAGAUCCAAACAAUGUCCUGCAGAGCUGGGAUCCUACCCUUGUUAACCCCUGUACAUGGUUUCAUGUUACAUGCAACAAUGACAAUAGUGUUAUUAGAGUUGACCUUGGCAAUGCAGCCUUAUCUGGUCAAUUGGUCCCACAGGUUGGCCAGCUUAAGAAUUUACAGUACCUAGAACUCUAUGGUAACAACAUAAGUGGACCAAUUCCUAGUGAUCUUGGGAAUCUGACAAACUUGGUGAGCUUGGAUCUUUACCUGAACAGUUUCAGUGGUCCUAUUCCAGACGCAUUGGGCAAACUGACGAAACUUCGCUUUCUCCGACUCAACAACAAUAGCUUGUCAGGUUCCAUACCUUUGUCCUUGACAAACAUCACUGCCCUUCAAGUCUUAGACUUGUCAAAUAAUCGUCUCUCGGGACCUGUACCAGACAAUGGCUCGUUUUCACUAUUUACCCCCAUCAGCUUCGUGAAUAACUUGGACCUCUGUGGCCCAGUUACGGGGAAGCCUUGCCCUGGAUCUCCACCAUUUGCACCACCACCUCCAUUUAUUCCACCAUCAACUGAUUCUUAUCCUGGAGAAAAUAACCCCACUGGAGCAAUUGCUGGCGGAGUGGCUGCUGGUGCUGCUUUACUGUUUGCAGCCCCAGCCUUUUGGUUUGCAUAUUGGAGGCGAAGGAGACCGAUAGAGCUUUUUUUUGAUGUACCUGCUGAAGAAGAUCCAGAAGUCCAUUUGGGACAGCUCAAAAGGUAUUCUUUGCGAGAACUACUGGUUGCAACAGAUAGUUUUAGCAACAAGAACAUUCUUGGCCGAGGUGGAUUUGGUAAGGUGUACAAGGGACGCCUGGCUGAUGGCACAUUGGUGGCAGUAAAAAGACUGAAAGAGGAGCGGACACCUGGAGGGGAAUUGCAGUUCCAAACAGAGGUAGAAAUGAUCAGCAUGGCUGUGCAUCGGAAUCUCCUGCGGUUGCGUGGGUUUUGCAUGACUCCAACGGAACGGCUGCUUGUUUAUCCAUACAUGGCUAAUGGAAGUGUUGCAUCCUGUCUAAGAGAACGCCCCCCAUCAGAAGCCCCUCUUGAUUGGGCAACUAGGAAGAGAAUUGCAUUGGGGUCUGCAAGGGGUCUUUCUUAUUUGCAUGAUCACUGUGACCCAAAGAUCAUUCAUCGUGAUGUGAAAGCUGCAAAUAUAUUAUUGGAUGAGGAGUUUGAGGCAGUUGUUGGUGACUUUGGGUUGGCUAAACUUAUGGACUACAAAGAUACCCAUGUCACAACUGCUGUGCGUGGAACCAUUGGACAUAUAGCCCCUGAAUAUCUUUCCACGGGAAAAUCAUCUGAGAAGACUGAUGUUUUUGGUUAUGGGAUCAUGCUCUUAGAGCUUAUCACUGGACAGCGCGCAUUUGAUCUCGCCAGGCUUGCCAAUGAUGAUGAUGUUAUGCUACUUGAUUGGGUUAAAGCACUCCUAAAAGAGAGGAAAUUGGAAAUGCUGGUUGAUCCGGACCUGCAGAACAAUUAUGUCGACUCUGAGGUAGAACAACUAAUCCAAGUAGCAUUGCUCUGCACCCAAAGCUCCCCAAUGGACCGGCCUAAGAUGUCCGAGGUGGUGAGAAUGCUUGAAGGUGAUGGAUUGGCAGAGAGAUGGGAGGAGUGGCAGAAGGUAGAGGUGGUCCGCCAGGAUCUUGAUUUGGCUCCAUGUCAAAAUUCUGAGUGGCUCCUUGACUCCACUGAGAACCUUCAUGCUGUAGAAUUGUCCGGUCCGAGAUGACCAUACCUUUUCAACAGAUAAGAAAAUCCAUGAUUUACUUUCACUUUUUGUUUUUGUUUUUGCAAUGCCCCCGUCUGCAAUCUUGUCUCUAAUAUUCAAGUUAACCCAAUGUAGUCCCCCUAGGAAUAUAUAUUAAAAAUCUGUGCAUAUGAAUCUUUCUGGGUUACAUUUUGGAUCUUACAAGGCAAACUGCAGGACACUAUGAAUAUACCCAAUGCCUUGUGCUCUCUUUUAUUCUUGUAACAUUAAUAUAGUUCAAUUGCAAAAGUUGGUUUGAUGA